CUAUUUGGUAGUCAUGAUAUGGAUGAAAUAGGGUUUACGGAUGACGAGAUCAACCAACUGAACAGCAACAGGAACCUUCAGUCAAAACAAACAACCACUAAGACGAACGGACAGAGGAGUGAGCGGACAUCUCAACCCUCUAGCAAACAUGUUAAAGUCAUUGGCGAUUUAAAUGGUGCAUCGUUUACGAAGCCAGUUGAUCGUGCUGCAAAACAGAGGGAGUUUCGAGAAAAGUUAGCAGCAGAAACGAAAUCUGUGAAGUCUCCCGAAGUUUCAGUUACUGAUGAGGUAACCCUGGUCCAGGAGUCAUCUCCUCAAAAACCAGUGCAACAAGAAAUCAUGAAUCAGACCUCUUUACAAGCUAAUGAAGAGGUAGUGAUACCAUCUGAGAACGAAAGUGAGGGUGCUAGCAAUGAUAGGGUCAAUGAGGAGACUGAAAGUACAACAGCGACGGAGGAUGACAAUCCUUUUAAGCCAUACCAACAGCAAAACCUUGACUUUGAAGUUCAGCUGACGAAAGUCGAACAGCUUCAGCAAGCUCAAGCAAAACUUCAAAAAGAGAAUAGACAGAAACAGAAACAUCUAAAAGAGACCAUAACCGAGAAGUUCACAAAAACUGCACAACAAGCGAACCUCUUGAAAACUCUACAAAAUGAAGUGGCUUCAGUAGAAAGAGAACUCACAUGUGACAUUUCCAUUCUGAGGGAUAGAAUUGAUCAUUGCAACAGGAGAUGUCACGAUGCCAGUAAGAGAUACGAGACUGCAGAGCAGGAAUUCGUGGCAGCGAAACUGGACUUACACAAGUGCAAGGAGCUGAAGGAGGGCCUUCAGGAGCAUCUCUUCACCAUCAUAAAACUCAACGAAACCAAGAAAUCCGAAAAACUGUCUGAGCUGCAUAAUAGAUUGGAAAAUCUUGGCCUCGAAUGAUUAACAGCGUAGUUUUUAAUUGUCGCAUGGCUUUUCUGGGCUUAAUUUAGAUGCUUUUUGUGAGGGUCGUGAUGUAUUUUUUGAAUUCAGCAUAUUUUGAUCGUUUUUAUUGUGAUAAAUCUGCAAGUUUUGUACUAUGUCAAAUUAACAGUUUAACAGUUUAUAGAUUUGCGAAUAUUUUGGGCAAUAAAAUAUUUGAAAGUUGCUUUUUGAAUUUAUUAGCAGUUUGCAUGACAUUAAAUUUAUUUCUGUAAUAUUAUUUUUAGGGUAUUAAGCAUGUAUAUAUAUUAUAACAGUUUGUAGAUUUAUUAUCCAUUACAAAUCAGGUUUACUUAUUGAUU